GAUUCGAGUCGGUGAAUUCCUUCGUGUUUCAUUUCAUUGCAGCCGAGUUUGUUGAGCCCGAUGGAUUUUGGAUCAGAUCUAGGGCUUAGGUGAAUCCCACCCUGCUGUUGAAGAUGAUCUCGCAGUUCUUCGUGCUGUCGCAGCGAGGCGACAACAUCGUCUUCCGCGAUUAUCGAGGUGAAGUGCCAAAAGGCAGUGCUGAGAUAUUCUUCCGCAAAGUAAAGUUCUGGAAAGAGGAUGAAGAAGAGGAGGCUCCUCCUGUCUUUAAUGUGGAUGGGGUUAACUAUAUUCAUGUGAAAGUUGCUGGGUUGUUUUUUGUGGCAACAACAAGGGUUAAUGUUUCACCAUCCCUUGUUUUGGAGCUCUUGCAAAGAAUUGCACGUGUUAUAAAGGACUAUCUUGGCAUUCUUAAUGAGGAUUCUUUACGGAAAAAUUUUGUGCUCGUGUACGAAUUACUUGAUGAAGUUAUAGAUUUUGGUUAUCCACAAACUACUUCUACAGAAAUUCUUAAGUCAUAUGUAUUUAAUGAACCAAUUGUGGUUGAUGCUGCGCGAUUGCCUACUCUUGGUCCUGCAUCCAUGUUUAUGCAAGGAGCUAAAAGGAUGCCUGGCACUGCUGUUACGAAAUCUGUGGUAGCUACAGAACCUGGUGGUAGGAAGAGGGAGGAAAUAUUCGUUGAUAUUAUUGAAAAAAUAAGUGUCACAUUCAGUUCUAGUGGUUAUAUCCUCACAUCAGAAAUUGAUGGCACCAUUCAAAUGAAAAGCUACCUUACUGGAAACCCAGAAAUUCGUCUUGCUCUUAACGAGGACUUGGGCAUUGGUAAAGGCAGUGCUUCUCUUUAUGACUAUAGAAGUUCAGCAGGAGGGGCUGUAAUACUUGAUGACUGUAAUUUCCACGAAUCAGUCCGUCUUGAUAGUUUUGAUGUGGAUCGAACUUUGGCAUUAAUACCUCCAGAUGGAGAAUUUGCUGUAAUGAACUAUCGGAUGACUCAGGAGUUCACCCCGCCUUUUCGGGUUAAUGCAUUGAUUGAAGAAGCAGGACAAUUAAAGGCUGAAGUGAUUAUAAAAGUACGUGCAGAUUUUGCAACAAGUGUCACUGCAAACACUAUUACAGUACAGAUGCCAGUGCCCACUUACACAUCAAGGGUUAGUUUUGAGCUAGAAGCUGGUGCAGUUGGGCAGACGACUGAUUUUAAAGAGGGAGCUAAAAGACUUGAAUGGUGUCUAAAGAAGAUUGUGGGUGGUGCUGAACACACUCUACGAACAAAGCUCACAUUCUCACAGGAAUCACAUGGUAACAUUGCUAGAGAAGCUGGUCCUGUGAAUCUGAACUUCACAAUACCAAUGUAUAAUGCAUCAAAGUUGCAGGUAAGAUAUCUACAAAUAGCAAAGAAGUCACCUUCCUACAAUCCAUAUCGAUGGGUAAGAUAUGUCACACAGUCGAACUCAUAUGUUGCUCGUCUGUGACAAGCGUAAUGUUUUUCCUUUUGUAUUGCGGUCAGUUGGAGUCAGGACCGGUCCUUUUUAUACUUGUCUUUGUAUUUACACUAAUAAGAGAUUAAUUUUGUGGAGUUGAGUAAUCAUAGUCAAAUUUCUGCAAUAUGAAUUUUGUUCGUUUUCUAUGUCA